UUUUUCUAACAAGUGUUCAUAUGCUGCAGUUGAUUUCCAUCAUGAAAGUUAAGAAUUUCGCCAAGAAGCAGAUGAUGCAAACUAUGUUGACGUCCAUCCCUCAAAUCGUUAAAGUUCGAGGUUUUCAUAAAUGGAUGAAGACACUGGUUUUGCUGAUCUGCUUAUUUGGAUGUUCAUACCAAGUCUGGACUUUCAUGCAGGUAUAUUGGACUUAUCCAAUCAUAGUAGAUGUCUUCAUUUCAAAUCCUAAAGUUAUUUCAUCACCAGCUUUUACACUCUGCGAAUACAACGGAAUUCGGAAGAAGCCAUUCUGUAAUAGCUUUCCCGAAUUGUGUUCUCCAAAAAACUUUAAAGAAUUCUGCUCGCUGAAUUAUCAAUUUUGUAGUGACAUUCCCGACGAAGAAUCCACAGAAAAACAUGCUCAGACACCCUCUCCGAUACUGAACUUGACACCUCCAUUACCUAGAAAUCUCGCUGGAAGGGACGUAGUAAUUCCAUUGAGUUUAUGGUUAAGCUUAUAUGCCUUCCAGCAUGCUAAGACACCCUCUCCGAUACUGACCGUGACACCUCCGCUACCUAGAAAUCUCACUGGAGGUGACGUACCAGCAUAUCUGUCUGUUCGUAGUCAUAAAUAUCACAGUGCCCUGGAAUCCAUGGGAGUGUUUUUUGCUGUCCUCAUAUCCUCUAACUCUACUAAAGAGCCCGACAAUCUAGGAUAUUCUUAG